AGAUAUUUACCAUGUAUAGUAUCAGAAUGCGAAAUUCGAGGAAACGCCUCGCGUUCUACAUCGUUUCACUCUUGGUUGUAUUCUGUGUUUACCGCUUCAUGAAAGAUCUUCGUGAAGAUACCGUCUUUAAUAAUUAUUGCGCUCAGCCAAUUAAAGUACAAGAAGACUCCAGCAAUUUGUUAGGCUAUGCAAAGUGCAAUAUUCCAAAAAUAGAUCCAUUUCAUCCACACGCAAUGGAUCUAGUUAAAGAACUCAAGGAACCACUAAAGUGUGCAACAAAACAACGAGCUGUGUUGGAUGGAGGACUUUUAAAAAUAUUCGGAUCUGAUGUAGCAUUAGCCAGUUACCGAAGCAUAAAUCGAGUUAAAAAAGAUGACUUUAAAAUUUCUUUGAGUGACCCGGUUGAGAUUACCACUUUUGAACAAUUCCAAGUACCUCAUGAACACAUUGAGCUUACGAUGACCUUAGAUGAUAAAACAACAGUGAAGGAGUAUUUAAUACAAGUCAUAGCAAAAGAUGAAAAAUUUUCAUCUUCAUCACCCGAUACAGAGAUGGAUUUAAACAUCCUCAUUAUUGGUAUUGACUCAACAUCCAACGUUCAUGCGCAAAGAAAGCUGCCAAAAUCAUACAAAUUUAUACGCGACGUUCUACAUGGUUAUAUUUUCAUGGGUCAUAGCGUGGUAGGUGAUGGUACGACAGAGCAGGUGGCAGCAUUUUUAACUGGGAAGGGUGAACAAGAAUACUACGAGUCACGACGAGGAGAAGCGAAUGCCAAAACAGUUGAUGACUGGAAUUUUAUUUUUAAAAGGGCAAAAUCACAUGAUUACUUCACAACAUUUUGUGAAGAUUCACCAAGCAUUGGAACUUUCAACUUUAGAUUGAUGGGUUUUGAAGAUCCACCCACUGAUUAUUAUCCACGGUCGUUUUUUAUCGCGGCGGAAGGCUACUCAAAGAACUCUCCUCAUUGUCAUGGCAGUGAAAAAAUUUACAACUAUCAUCUUAAUUUGGCGAGAAAGAUAUACCAAGCCUACCCUCGGCGCAGGAAGUUUCUUUUACAUCUAAUUGGAGAAAUAUCACACAACGACUUCAAUACCGUACAGUACGUGGACGAAGAUUUAUACACAUUCCUGAAAGAAUUUCGUGAACUUGGAUAUUUAAAUGAUACUUUGUUGAUCAUACUGGGAGAUCACGGUUCGAGAUAUGGAAAAUUCAGAGAGACAGUUCAAGGAAAGUUAGAAGAAAGGCUUCCUCUCUUCACAAUGAUAUUUCCUACUUGGUUUGAGAAAAAAUACCCUAAAUUGGCAAAAAAUUUGGAAGCUAAUACCAAACGAUUGACAAGUUGGUUUGACUUACAUGCAACGUUCAAUCACAUUUUGGAGUAUCCAAAUGAACCGAAAGAAUCAGGGCAUGGGAUGAGCCUACUAAAUGAAGUACCCCUGGAUCGUUCUUGCGAGGAUGCAAGCAUCCCAUCACACUGGUGUCCAUGUUUGCACUGGUCAGUUGUUGAUCAUGAGCACAAUCAUUUGCAAAGAGCUGCGUUAGAAGCUAUCAGUCAUAUCAAUGACUUGAAUUUUAAAGAGGAAUUAGGCGCAGAAAAAUGCUCUAAACUUACUCUUUUUAAAAUGAACAGAGCCGAAAUAGAGACUCCCAACGUAGACGUUCUUAGGUUUAAGCAAUCAAGUAAAGAUGGUUAUGAGCCCAUAUACUCAAGCGUUUUUAAUGCAAAGGAUCAUUGUAGAUAUCAAAUCAGCUUUGUAACACUCCCAAAUCACGGAAUGUUUGAGGCGAGUGUGCUGUAUUUAAAUGGAAUUUUAGUUCAAGGAGAUGUUAGCAGAAUAAACAAAUACGGUGAUCAACCGAAAUGUAUUGCUGACUCACUACCACACUUACGAAAAUAUUGCCAUUGUAAAAAAUAAAAUUCGAGAAGCUUUUAUUCCUAAAGAGACAAAAUACAUGCAAAAAUUUUG